GAUAGAUAGAUGAUAGAUAGAUAGAUGAUAGAUAGAUGAUAGAUAGAUGAUAGAUAGAUGAUAGAUAGAGAAAAGCAUAUUUGGUCAAGAGGAAAAAUAUCAAGCUUUAUGUAAUCAUCAUAUUGUCCUAUAUGUUGUAUUAUAUAUUAUUAUAUUUAAUAAUAAUGCCCUGUAUGAUGCAUUAUGUUAUAUUAUCCUUAUAUAUAAUAAUAUUGUCCCUGCGCGUGCGUGCGCGCGCGCACACACACCCACACACCAUGUAUUCAUCAUAUAGGAUUGACUUACAUGCUGUAUUUAUAUAUUAAUAUGUAGUUAUAUGAUAUUAUUAUCCUUUAUGGUAUUAUCCUAUUAUACUGUUACAAACAUGUAAUAAUAAUAAUAGUACCUUUUGCAUUUUUCUUCUUGAUUCCCUUUGCCUUUUCUUAUUUAUGGAAUUGGGGUCCCUUUCCUAUUUUUAAUUGCAAUUAUUUUCAUUAUCACUUAUUAAUGGAUGCACAUGAAAUAUUAAUAUUGUAUACCUUUCCACAUCUUGGUAAUUAGGGUAUUUUAUUUAUUAAUUUUAUUAUUUAUUAAACUUACAUGCCCUCCCCCUCAAUCUCAACAACUCUGAAUCUCACAAAAACAAGCAAACAGAAUACAAUAAAAUCAAGCAAAAAAUUUCACUAGGAAACCUAGUGACUUGGUUUAUACAGUUAGAAAUGUUGAUUAAAGUGAUAGGCAGGUUCCCCUAACUUUUCUGGUUUACAAGAUCAUUUUCAUAAUAGUCAAAAGAUGAACAGUCUGAAUGCUUCAGAAAUACUUUUAAAAUUAUAAAAUAUAAAGUGUUACAAAAUAAAACUCACCAGAUAUAUCAAAUCUGAAAGAAAAUGUUGGCAAGAUGUAUGACUGCAUAAAAUAAAAUGUUUCAUCUUGAUAGUUUACAAGAGACAAUGCGCAAGGAACAAUAAGUAGAAUACAACAUAGAAUACAAUAAAAUUAAGAAAGCCAAACUAUAAUCAAACUGAGGUGAAGUCAAGUGUCAAAUGCCAUCUGGAUUGGGGCAAAAGAGUGAUCAAAAUGCAUGAGAUAUGGCAGCUUUCCAUAUCCAAAAACUAUAAUACUGGGGAAGUGUUAACAUGUUGCAGAGUGAAGACAAGUUGAGGUAGACAUUGUAGACGAAUAAACAUUUUUGCUUGGUGUAGCAAAUGUAGACCAAGAUAUGCUUUUCUCUCUUACAGCAUUAGAAAUCAGGAAUUCAGGAGAAGGAAACACUUCUAUAUGUAAUGCAUAGUUAGGCCAUCAGAUAUAAUAGUGGACACCAAUUCAGAUUGUUUUAGACAUAUGCAUUGCAAAUUUAGGUAAUGAAUAGCGUCUAGUCUUAUGAAUUGGGUAGUGCCUCCUGAAUCCUAGCAGUAUACUUAAAUUAUAGGAGCUGAGGAAACAUAUUGGGACUGUUCCUUUCUGUCUAUGCCUGUGUGUUUCAUGAAUGCAUUUGGUCAGCCACUGUGUCUAUGAAAUGCUGGACUAGAUAGACAAUUGGGCAGAUCCUACUUAGUCAUUGAUAUGUCCACAUCUCAGUUCAAGACCUGAGAUUGCCUCAACACAAAUGUUGAAGGGCCCACCUGGAUUUCAUAUUUUUGUAGGGUGAUUGAACAGGGAUUUGUAAAAACUCAUUUUCCCAAGUCACAUCAUUUGUUGGUUACUUUGGGCCUGUGGGUCCUUCUUCCUCUGCAUGGAUAUGGAUGAGGGAGGGAGGGUUAGUAAACCUAGUGGAUUCCAGAGAGAGAAUUUAUGGAUUUGGUGGAUUCUGGGAUACUCUGGGAGAUUUCCAUUGUGAGGUGGGCAAUCCUGCCAGUUGGGAUCGUUCUAGUUCUUUAACAUUAAGGUGUAAUGCUGAUUUUAUUGACUCCUCUCUUGAGCCUAGGUGCAUUUUUAUAAAAAUCUAAAUGUUUCUAUACUUCAACAAUAAUGGGAUUAGGACAUAUAAGAAUCAACCAGAUCUCUCAAGCAUGUGUAACCUGCUUCCUUUGCUUUCUUUGCUACUAAUUGUGAUAGAUUUUCAUCUUGUUGGAAAAUGGUUUCAGCAUGUCUAGUUCAAAGUCCAAAUUGUUUAGAUUUCUAAACAAGGUCAUGGAUUAACAGAUUUAAUUUACAGGAAGAUAGAUUGCAAUUGAAUGCAGUGAAGAACUUUCUAACAGUAAGAACAGUUUCUCCAUGGAACCAAUAACAUUGCAUAAGAGUGAGCUUCCCUUUGUUGGAUGUGUUCAAAUCCAGUCAAAUGCUUUGAUUUGGAUUCCUGUAAUGAACAAACAUCAGUAGCCUAAAUGGCAGCUUCUAAGUCAAUGCCACCGUUUGGUUUUACUCCAAAACAGUGAACCUUUAUGAACAAUAGCCACAAUUCCUCUCUUUUUAAUAGCUAUAGAUGGGCAAAAUGUUCAGAAACGAACUGUUAGCUGUUGAGCAUUCUCCAUUCUGUCAUGCACUGUUUUUUUCCAUUUGCCUUGUCAAUAGUUAUUAAAAUAUGUGGCGGUGUUACUAACCCUUCCUUUACUUUUUUCUCUUUUUCCACUCUGCAAUUAUCAGCUAGGUUACAGAAAUCUUCAGGCUCCCUUUCCAAGCUUUCUAAUUCUACAAAACAGCUUUAUGUAGCUUUAUAAUGCUAAUUCUAUAAAGCAGCUUGGCCAGUCUGGAUCUCCUAUUAACCUUCAACUCUCUGUAUCCUCUGCUGACUGAUGGCUAUGGUGUCUCUGGAUCCAUUUGAUACCAGGAUUCCAAGUCGUAGCUUACAAAGGAUCUUGCUUCCCCCCCCCCCCUCACUAUAAUAAAAGCAGUAUUGUGGUGCAAGCUCUACCGCUGUGAGUUAUUGUGACAUAUGCAAAAAAAUAAGGUGGGGUGAAUGAGGCUUUUGCCAUGCACUACUUUUCUCAGCCUGAAUCCCCUUUGCUGCCUUGACAGAUGACAUUGGUUGCAAAACAUCUAAAACUAUGCAAAAUGCAACCACUCAGAAAAAGAGGUGUGGAUUGUUGGAUUGCUGCCCUCAAUAUUGCUACUCUGUAGAAAUAGCAUCAUGUUGAAUGAACCUUAACUUCACACAUGACUUGAUUGUCUCUUCUGUGUUUUUGCUUUGUGUCAGCACGUGAGAAUGUGGUGUGAUUUCUAUUGUCUCACUAAACUCUGAUGUCUUUUUUUUCUCCUUUUCUGCUUGCCUGCUGCUUUCAUUCUGUAGUAUUGGUAUUUGCCAUUCAUUUCACCUUCUGCAUCUAUGCAUCUCAUGAGCUCGGAGCUCUUCACUUUGACGUAUGGGGCUUUGGUCACUCAGCUGUGUAAGGACUACGAGAAUGAUGAAGAUGUCAACAAGCAGCUUGACAAAAUGGGCUACAACAUAGGUGUUCGACUUGUGGAAGACUUUCUAGCACGAUCCAAUGUUGGGAGAUGUCAUGACUUUCGAGAAACGGCAGAUGUGAUUGCAAAGGUAGCAUUUAAAAUGUACUUGGGUAUCACACCAAGCAUCACAAACUGGAGUCCGUCAGGCGACGAAUUCUCCCUUAUCUUGGAAAACAAUCCACUGGUGGAUUUUGUGGAAUUACCAGACAACCAUUCCUCUCUUAUUUACUCUAACCUCUUAUGUGGGGUGCUCCGGGGAGCCCUGGAAAUGGUACAGAUGGCUGUGGAUGUCAGAUUUCUCCUGGACACCUUGAAAGGGGAUGGAGUCACAGAAAUAAGGAUGAAGUUUAUCAGGCGGAUUGAAGACAACCUCCCAGUUGGAGAGGAGUGAGUCUUGAGCAGCCUUCAUACUGGACUGGAAGGGAUGAAGUCACUGAAUCGGAGCUUCAUUCGCAUACAGUACCCUGUGUACUUUGAGACACUGACUGGUUAAGACGUCAAUUCAUUUGAAAUAGUCUGUUUUAUUUCCACAGAUUUCUAUUAAAAGCUUUUGUAGGAUGUAGAACUCUUUUCAUAUUCAUCAGAAACACAAGGCACCCUUUUCCUUGUUACCACGCUUAGCUCCAUGCAAAAAUACAGGAUAUUAAAACUGUAAUUUUGAACCUUGGAAUAAUUCCAGAUGCCACUUUCGUUCUGCAGUAUGUGAAGAAUUCUGCCAUUAUUGUCCUCUGUGUAUGCUGGUCAGUUUUCCUUCACAGGGAAGCCAUUCCUGAUAGCACAGAAUGUAUUCUAUGAUUUGAAAGAAUUGAGAGCUCCUAAUGGAUUUGGACUUGUCCUUUUAGUUUUGCCAUUCAACAAAACAAUUAAAAUGUAUGUUGAAUCAAAAGCUGGAUCCAUUUUGACAGUCCUGAAAGAAGUGGGUCAUUGAAACUCAACAGAAUCCCAGUUAGUUGGUUGUUUCCAGUUUCGUCUGUCUUCCUAGUUGGUUGGGCAAAAUAGUUUUAAUGAACCAAUGAUGUAGGGCUCAAGUUUCAAAUGUUUAUAUAAUGUCAGAAAAAUGAUAUUCUCUCUGAGGGCCUCUUCUUUAGCACAUCUUUGAUUUUGGUAACUAAUUGAAGAGUUGUUCACACCAGCUUUGUUUUCAAAAAUAUUACCAUUGGGCAUCUGUGCUGAGAAGAUAGAGAUGGUAGUAGCAUGUUUCACGUGCAUUCAAGUUUUUCUUAAGAAAAAGGGCUCUCAAGAUUGCAGAGAGAAGGGUAUAAACAGCCUUGCGUGGUAGAUUGAUCAGUGUAUCAAAUGCUGGAUGAUUGAAGGGAAUUUGAAGAGUAUCUUGGCAGAGCUUAAAAGUGAACAUUCACUGAGUUCGUCAUUGUGUGUAUCUUAUGAGGUUCUAAGCUUUCUAUUGGACAGAACAGCCUUUGUUGCAUUUUAUGGACAAAUCUGUACUAAAUGGCGGAAAUCCCUUGAAUUGAGGAUCCCAUGGAGAAUGUAUGCUUUAAACAUAGAAAUGCCUGCAAUGCUUGAAAAGGCACAAGAGGCUUCUGGUGAUCUCUGUCUUCUUAAAGCAUAAUGGAAUCCAUUAUCCCAUGCUGAUGUUGGUGAAAAGAUUGCAGUACUUCAUUCGCUAGAGAAAUUAAUUGGUGGUUGGGAGGCUUUAUGAUUUACUUGUGUGGGCAUCAACUGAAUGGUAUUUUAAAAGUUGGCAAAGGGAGCCGUACUUAUUUGAUGACUUGGUCUUGUAAAUAAUGCUCUGGGUAAUAUGUGCAGCGGGAGAAUGAAAUGGCUUACCUAAUUGCAAGAAAAUGAAAACCAAACAGUUGCUUUCUCAAGACAGUGGGGCCAUUUUUAAGGGUAUAUUGGUCACAUUUUCCGGUGCUCUUCUAUGAUUUUUCUCAGUUGCUUUGCAGAAGCAUAGACACAAUAUGCUUUUUUGCAUCAUAAUGGAUAAAAAUUUGAGCAUACUUGCUUUGGAAUAAUUAAUUCUGACUGUUGGAGGAGUCUAGCCCUGAGAAAAUCAUUUUUGUUUCUUUUGUAAUUUUUCAUAGUUUUGAAAAAUUACGUUGAUCUACAGCUGAUUGGUGAAUAUUGAUUAGUUAGAUGCGAUUUACACCUUUUUAUUUGUAUAUGGGGUAUGUCAUAUGUUCCAUUUUUGAAGGUAUUGUUUUGAAUCUCUUAUAUUAAAGACACUCUUAAAUUAA